AUGUACGCCCUCCGCUCGACACAUGCUCUGCAUUCAACGCGGCGAAUCAUACAAUUGCCUCGCUUGCAGGUUCGACAAUUCCACCCAACAAGACCAGCACCAUCCGCCAUCAUCGACCUUGCACUAGACAGCUCCACCGCAUUUAUUCACGGCGUCCACAAUGUUUCGUGUUUACCUUGGGUUGCCUCAAUUCCUCUCACGGCCGUACUUGUUCGUACAUUUGUCGGGUUGCCCAUCAUGAUAUAUACUCGACUCCAUCGGCACCGCGAGAAAAAGAUAUCGCUAAUUAUAAGCGCUUGGGCGAGGAGAUAUCAAGAGAAAGCUUCGACUCACCAAAAGGCUACGAGUCGGGAGAAGAAGUUAACACCUUUUGAGCGAAAGAAGAAAGUCGCUCUUGAUCUCAGAAACCAAAAAGCUGUGCUUCACAAGCGUUGGGGAAUAUCUGGGAAGCACAAAGCAAUUGGCUUACUGCAGAUACCUGUCUUUAUUGCGCUCAUGGAAAGUCUGCGCGGGAUGAGUGGCAACAAUAGCGGCAUCAUUGCCUGGCUGUCGUCGUUCAUCGAGUCACAAGACCCCGCCUCCGCAGCCCAAUCUCUACAUCUAACCGUGGAGCCUACUCUUGCGAAUGAGGGCGCGCUCUGGUUUCCGGAUUUGCUGGCCGGCGACUCUACAGGUGUGCUGCCACUUUUGCUGACUGCGUCGAUCUUGGGGAACGUUCUCACCGGAUGGAAAGUCAUGCCCCUGAGCGAGAUCCAGCUCCUUUCAAAGACCGAGAUGUAUAAGCAGAUCUCUCUCAGUGGUUUGCGAUCCUUUAUCGUGGUUUUCACAUGCUAUAUUGGCUUCGCGAGCUGGACUCAGGAGAUGCCAACUGCACUUAUGCUCUACUGGAUCACCAGUACCAAUCUUGCUACACUGCAGACUUGGAUACUGGAUAAUAAGGUGUUUUCACCAGUGAUGUUCAGACACCACAUCCAGAAAUCCAUCGCUUUCGUGAAACCGGGUGAUGACGACCCUUUCCAGUUGAAAAACUUGCGCUGA